UCUUAUUCAUACUUCAAGAGCUCUACUUAAUAAUAUUAACAUGGCUGAAAUUAAGCUUAGAAUCUGUUUAUUGAUAUGUCUUAUAAGCAUAAUCUCAGCAUCAAGUGUAAUUCCUUCAGCAAUUACUCAUGUGUCUUCUUUCGUACCUGAUCUUUCAAGUCAGAUGAGCACAACUUUUUAUGUUAACAAGUGUCCUGGUGCUCUUCUAAUCAUUAAGGAAGAAAUAACCAGAGCGGUGUUGAAUGAUCGUCGGUUGGGCGCAUCCUUGCUCCGUCUUCAUUUUCAUGACUGCUUUGUUCAGGGGUGUGAUGCAUCAAUAUUGUUAAAGGACACACCAAAUUUCAAGGGAGAACAAAAUGCCCGUCCCAAUGCGAAUUCUCUGAGGGGUUACGAAAUCAUAGACAAAGUAAAAGCUAUAUUGGAGACGCGGUGCCCUAAUGUUGUUUCAUGUGCAGAUAUCUUAGCUGUUGCAGCAAGAGAUUCUGUUGUUGCUCUCGGUGGACCUAUUUGGCCGGUUCGUGUGGGAAGAAAAGAUUCAACAACUGCCAAUUUGAAUGCUGCAAAUUCAGAUUUACCUUCUCCAUUUCUUGACCUUAAAGGCCUUAUUGAUGCUUUCAAGAAAAAGGGUUUCUCAGCUGAGGAAAUGGUUGCUUUAUCAGGUUCUCACACAAUAGGCCAAGCAAAGUGCGCACUCAUUCGACCAAGGAUUUACAACGAAAACAAUGUUCAAUCUCAAUACAGAAGUUCAUUGCAAAAAACAUGUCCCAAAAGUGGUGGUGACAACAACUUAUCUCCUUUAGAUGCCACAACUCCAAACUUUUUUGACAAUGCAUAUUACCAAAAUCUAUUGAACCAAAAGGGUCUUCUGCAUUCUGAUCAACAACUCUAUAAGGGUGGUUUUGGUCCCCUUGAUUACAAAGUGUCGGCUUACGCCAGUAAUCCAUUACUCUUCAGAUUAGAUUUCGCUAACGCGAUGGUUAAGAUGGGAAAUCUUAGUCCUUUAACAGGAAACCAAGGUCAGAUCAGAAAAUAUUGCAGCAUAGUGAAUAAAGUUUAUUGAGUCUGGCUCUCUCGUACUAUCAAAAUCUUUGAUGAAGAUUUUUUUGUUUCCAAGUUUAUUGAGUCUGGCUCUCUCGUACUAUCAACUCGAGGACUAUCUAAGAUGUCAAUCAUCUUAGUAAUUCUCUUGUCUAUGCAUUCUUUCGUAUUCUUAUUCUUAAGUAUUAUGUUUUGGCCAUAGCAUGAUUUUUUGGGUAUUUUUUGCUUAUUGAAUAUCCCUUGUAUUUUUGUUUUUGUUUGCCCCCUUUGGGCACUUAAGAGUUAUGGCAUUUUAUAAUAUAUUGUAUUCAAUUGGUAUCAUACCUUACCA